AUGCAAGAGGACGACACCUUGCAUGUAGUCCCUCCCCCGGCCGGAAAAAAGCGAAUCCCGAAGGCGUGCGGUGCAUGUCGGGACUCUAAAGUAAGCAAGCAAGCCUUUCCUGUUGGUGUUGUCUCAAUAUUGACCGACUGCCAGGUCAAAUGCGAUGGCGAGCGGCCAUGUGGAAGAUGUCAGAAACUAACGAAACAAUGUGUUUUCUUCGAAAUACCCAAGGACCCCGUCGCAGAACGACUUGAAGGCGUUGAAUCUGAAGUACAGUUUCUUCGAGAACAACUUGACGAAAUUCGUGGGCUCUUACAAAGCCAUGGCGCAAAUGGAUCGGGCCCUUUACUGGACGAUGUUUCUCCACGACAGGUCCACGAACCGCAACAAGAUUAUUGUCGGGUUAGCGGAUGUACACCAUCUGGCACCCAAGUAGUUCACGUCCAACAUGGACCGGAACAAUCCUCGGCUCUACAAUAUACGAUCUACCCAAAUGAGCAAAAUGAAAAUUCCUAUCGGAGAUCUGUUCCAUCUCUGUCAUCGCCACAUCAAAUUUCGACCCACUCGCAGUCUGAAGCACCUGUCAUCAGCAGAUUGAAACGCAAGCGCUCUUGCUUUGAAAUCCGAGAAGAUUCUGUGGCGGACUUCAUUGAUAAGGGACUCAUAUCUCUGGAGUGUGCUGCUUCCUGCUUCGACACGUACGUCUUCCUUUACGCCUGUUUUGAUGGAUCGUCUAACGUUGACAGAUAUAUCCCGAUAUUUGACCCGCAACACGAUACCUUUCAUUCGGUAAGAUCUCGAAGCAGCAUCCUAUUGAAUGCAAUCUGUACCAUCGGUUGCAUGGUGGAAACAAGAACUGCUGGCCCAAUGUCCGACAUGCUCCAUGCCGAACUGAAGAAAUGGAUCAACGUGAUAAUUCAAAACAAAGGUCUGAAUUGUCUCGAAUCGGUGCAGGCUAUGCUAGUAGUAGCAUGUUACUCUUCAGAACGUCUUUUGAUCCUAUCAUUUGCGACUCGGAUGGCGCUUGACCUGGGUCUACAUGAAGCUUUUGAAGAGCUCACGGAGCGACUGGCGACUAAGAAUGACGAAGAAAUAUACGGUGUCUCCGACCGCGACUUCGAACGUGAGCAGGCUCUGAUGAGGAUGUCGAGAACUUGGUUUGGUCUUCUAGUGCUGGAACAUAUAUUCCGAGUCGAUGGAGGCAAGCCUCCUGGAAUUAAGCUGAUUGGGAAUUCUCGGCGUUGUCGGAUUCUACUCAGUCAUCCCACAUCCACGGUCUUGGAUCUGCGGUUGUUUUCUCAGGUUGAGCUCAAUAUUCUGCGAGCAACAAUAAACGAUAAUUUAGGAUUAGGGACCACGCUCAACAGAACCGGAAUAUCCGACUUCGUCCACGAAAUGAAGAUAGAUCUGGAUCUGUGGUUCGAUGACUGGCUCCGAAUCAUCGAAGGCUCAGUAUCUGCACAAGAAGAAAAGCCGUUCCUACUCGUCGCUUUACGAGUCCAAAAGUGCUGGGCCGAGAUGAUGCUCAACUGCAAAGCAUUGCGCGCAAUGGGCGUCGAGAACGUGGCUGCAAUGACAACAACAGAGAGACAUAUUCUUCUCACGGCCAAGUACAGUGCUCGCCGACAUCUCCGGCUCAUCAUCGUCGAGCCAGAUUUCUAUCUGGCGAAACUAAAAUAUGCUAUGGACUUUGUUUGGGCGAAAUGCGCUUUCUCCUUUCUCCUCUUACUCAAGCUUUCGAGACUCCUGCCCGAACGCGAUGAAGAGCACCAAGAGCUCCUCGAACAUGGUGACCGGCUGAUCCAUGAACUGAAUAAGGCUGGCUCGAAUAGCAGCCAGUCUGGAGCAGGGAAUAUCUAUCUCCAGAUAUUAAAGGUUAGUAUUGAGAAGUAUGGCCGCGCUUUGCAAGAGUCUCAACAGCCCAGUACCGGUGGCUCGACGGCGACUUCGCCUUUCUGGGAACUGUUCGAUGCCCAAGCCGACCUGCAGUGGUUUGUACCAGAACAAUUUGUGUCCGAGUGGGACUUUCCUGGUUUGAAUCUGUUUUACUUUCCUACCGCUUGGCAGGAUUUCUUUGGGGAUUUCUCCCUGGCUAUGUAA